AUGGCUUCCUUGUGCUUCGAGUCUCAUGAGUCCUCUUCUUCUAGACAUGGAUGUACCUAUGACGUCUUUUUGAGUUUUAGAGGAGCUGAUACUCGCAAAAGAUUUGCAAAUCAUCUUUAUGCUGCCUUAGACCAAGCAGGAAUCUAUGCCUUUUGGGACGAUAAUGAGCUUUCUCUAGGUGAAGAAAUCUCCCCACAUCUACUCCAAGCAAUACAAGGAUCAAAGAUUUCUAUAGUGGUCUUCUCCAAAGGCUAUGCUUCCUCUAGAUGGUGCCUUGGCGAACUUAUAUUCAAAAAGAGAUGGAAUUUUUCAAAAGCUUUUGAUGGACAUGAAGAAGCCUUUAAAAUUGAAACGGUGAAGGUGAAAAGGUGGAGAGAAGCUCUUGAGGAAGCCAAAAAUCUAUCUGGAUGGACUUUCAAGGUUAUGACAAAUGGGUAUGUCUUUCUUUCUAAUAUUCAAUUGCACUCGUAG